AUGUGGAAGGGCAUGGGUUAUGCCUCUCUGCCUGAAGAAACUCGACACGACACCGGGGAGUUGUACAGGAAAUUGUCGCUGAGCGAUUUGAGGCGGGAGGUGCACGUUUUUGAUUGGGACACAUACUUCAAUGCUUCGCUAUUCAUCAAGAUCGAUGAGGAUGAGCCGAUCGUGACGUACUCACUGCCCUAUUUGCAGAGGAUGAGCAAGAUCAUUAGCAAGACUGACAGACGGAUCGUGCACAAUCUGGUCGUCUGGCACCUGAUCAAGGAGCUGAUGGGCGUGAUGCCAGACGGCUACCAGGAAGUGCUGGCGGAAUUCAAAAGAUCUUUGCUGGGGAUCAAUGCCCAUAGGGGACUCUGGAAGACCUGCGUGGACAUCACCAACAAACGCAUGGGCAUGGCUGUCGGGGCCAUGUACAUCCGAGAGACCUUCAAUCAUCAAAGCAAAGAAACAGCUCUGGAGAUGAUCCAUACCCUAAGGGAGGCCUUUAACGAGCUCCUGGAAGACAAUAUUUGGAUGGACGACGAGACACGCCGAGUGGCCAGAGAAAAAGCAGAUGCCAUGAAUGAACGCAUCGACAAUAUUUGGAUGGACGACGAGACACGCCGAGUGGCCAGAGAAAAAGCAGAUGCCAUGAAUGAACGCAUCGGUUAUCCAGACAUGCUUGAAAACAAACACGAGCUAGAAGCAGAAUUUCACGACUUAGACGUGCACCCGUCGAAAUUCCUCGGGAACAUAUUCGCAGCGAUGCGAUACGAGGGUCAUCGGAUAAUGAAGAAAUUGCGAGAGCCGGUUCGGAAAGAUCGAUGGUCGACGUUGCCGGCUGUCGUCAACGCCUUCUACGACCCGCACAAAAACGACAUCGGUCUCGGUCCAAUUUAUGGACUCUUAGACGUGCACCCGUCGAAAUUCUUGGGGAACAUAUUCGCAGCGAUGCGAUACGAGGGUCAUCGGAUAAUGAAGAAAUUGCGAGAGCCGGUUCGGAAAGAUCGAUGGUCGACGUUGCCGGCUGUCGUCAACGCCUUCUACGACCCGCACAAAAACGACAUCGUUUUCCCCGCUGGAAUAUUGCAGCCCAACUUCUACAACCCGGAUGCCCCGAACUCCCUCAACUAUGGCGGAAUCGGGGUCGUGAUCGGGCAUGAAAUAACCCACGGGUUCGACGACAAAGGUCGGCAGUAUGACAAGGACGGCAAUAUGAAAGAAUGGUGGAAUGAUGAGACUAUUCGAGCUUUCCGUCGACGAGCCCUGUGCUUCGUAGACACUUACUCAACGUACAACGUGCCGUUGGUCAACAUGACGAUCAAUGGGAUGAUGACCCAAGGCGAGAACAUCGCUGACAACGGCGGUCUCAAGCAAGCUUUUCGCGCUUACAACAAGUGGGUGCGGAGAAAUGGUCCAGAACCAGCAUUGCCAGGAUUGCAGCACCUGACACACGAGCAGCUGUUCUUCCUCAACUUCGCUCAAAUCUGGUGCGGGUCCAUGACGCCAGAGGACGCCAUCUCCAAGAUCCGAUCCGCUGUCCAUUCGCCCGCCCCGAUUCGCGUCCUGGGUCCACUGUCCAACUCCUACGACUUUGCGGCCGCCUACAGUUGUAGACGUGGCAGUCGAAUGAAUCCUCCUGCAAAGUGUUCUGUAUGGUAAAAAUAAAUAAAUAAAAUGAAAUAAAAAAAAUAAAAUACAGUAAAUGAAUCUAUACGCGCCAAACGUGUUGAAGACCAAUACCCACCCUUCGUUGUUCGAGAAGGAGAAAAAAACGUGAACUUUGAUAAAUGAGUCCUUGGGGUUUUCUAUAUAUUUGCGGCGCUUAUAUAGACCAAGUUGUUUUUCAUUAAUGUACGGUAUUCAUGAUCGUUUUUGCGGGAUAUGUGAUCAGAGGUGAAGCGUGCUAAGUCACAAGGAGCGAAAUCCCCGUAUUUUUCUGGUGCUCGAAUUUAAUGUGUGCUAUGUAAGAAGAACCAAGAUACUUUCCGGUAGAAUAUGGAGCGAAAAAAAAACAUGAACCAAUUUAGCAAGUCUGUGCUUGAAAAGUUUGUUUUUGUGUAUGCUUGUUGAUGCUGUACCGUUUUUUGUCGACGACCGAUGAGUGCUGGAGGGCAAGUGGGUUUUUUUUUUCAAGAUUUAUCUUUCUGACUUCCGUGUCUUCAAAUCAUGAUUCAUUUAAUCGUUUAUUUUUAUUUUUUUUACAAAUCAAGGAUGAAGUUACAGGUGUGAACUUUCUCAGCAGCAACUGUAUGUCUCUUAUGAAGCGAAUGUUUUGAUUCUGCGAUGUUUUUUAUUCUUUUUUAUGAUCUCAGCAAGUCGAAGGGUUUCUCCAUUACAUGACAAUUGCAGGUAAUUUUACUGGACGGAUGUUAUAACAUUUUCGUGAAUCAAGAAAAAAGUAUCCUCACUAUUGAACGUGGGUGGAAAUGCUGAAUUUCUUCUUUUGGGAGACAUUUCGCGCAAAAUGCGCAUUAUUUUCCUCAUGGAGUUUUUCUUCCUGAGGAAUAUAAUAUAUAAUCGUGACAGUGAAUGUUGGUUGAUAAUUAAGAUAUUCAUUGUUUAUGCUGAAGCUUUGCAUUUGUGAAAUUUUCAGUAAACAUUAAAAAUGAUUCAAGGUUUCUGGUUUCA